AUGCAUUCGAAUCUCCCCCAUAUUAAUCCUAAAGAUCCGCAUUUGGAUUGGAUCCCCCCUUGCAAAAGGAUCUAUGGGCCGAAAGAGGUCGUAUCAUUCCAGAAAUCUGUUGCAAUUGAGCGCAUUCAGUCAACACUCUUCCUUAUAUGCUCCAAAAUAAGUCUUACAGACGUCCCCCAUGGGGUCCUAGAUGAUCAAUUGGUUGCAUUUGAAAAUGCAAGGCAUCCAGGUGUGGCAAUGUCCGGGGAAUCACGUGCUAGAGAACGCCAGAUGAAGGCGUCCAUAAAUUCUUUCGAUCUUCCUCCACCCGUGUCUGACAAAUUCUCCAUAGAUAAGAUGUCCAAACCCGUUUUAUCUGUUCUUCGAUUGCUCGAUGAACUAAAGACCUUAAUGGAUGAAACCCCACCUUUUCCCGGCCCGCGAAGAUACGGCAAUAUGGCAUGUCGCGAUUGGCAUGACAAGCUAUCGAGUAGGAUAGAUCACUGGCUUGAUAAAUAUAUGGGCCAAUACUAUCAGGUCCCCCAGUCUGAACAUAGAUCUUAUACCUUUUUUACAGAGCUUCGAUACUAUUUUUUGGGGUCUUUUGGCUCUAGGGAACGUUUGGAUUUUGGAACGGGUCAUGAACUUUCUUUUCUAGCCUUUCUAUCGUGCCUCAUUAUGACAGACAUUUUUCCUCGAGAUGAAAUAACAGGACAAGACUAUCUUGUGAUAUUUUCUAAAUACUAUGAUUUUGUCAGAACUCUUAUACUGACUUAUACGUUAGAACCAGCUGGAUCGCAUGGCGUUUGGGGAUUGGAUGACCAUUUCCAUCUAAUUUACAUUUUAGGAGCCAGUCAAAUGGUUGAUUUCAAAAAACUAGAAUCUGAGAAAAAAAGCUCAGAGGCUCUCAAUUACCGAAUGGGUCUUACUCCUACCUCUCUGCUUAAUCCCAGUGCUCUCAAACGAAACAGGACUCGCAAUUUGUACUAUAAUGCCAUUGCAUUCAUCAAAAGAGUCAAAUUCGGGCCUUUCAAUGAACAUUCACCUUUGCUAUAUGAGAUUUGCACUUCUAAAACUUGGGAAAAAAUAGCCAAAGGUAUGGUCAGAAUGUAUUACGGAGAAGUCCUUUCGAAAUUCCCAGUAGUUCAGCAUUUUUACUUUGGUCACGUGCUUUUACCAUGGCUCGAUAAAGAUACUUUGGCACCUUUACCUGAGUCUUCCCCUGAGGACGAAGAGCCUACGGGCGAGAAACCGGAUAUAGACGACGAAACUACAUUUAGAAGUGGAGCAGAAAUCGCUAUGGAUUCCCUCUAUAGCAAGCGAGAGCAUCAAUUAGCGAAGCUUCAGAAUGAAAAAAAUAGGUUAAGUUCCACGGGUAACCGCGGUGGAGCUGAACUACCUACGAGCAAUUCCAGGUGGCCAACAAACACACCAAAGACGAAAGGGAAGUGA